UAGUGCAAAAAUAGGAGAAAUGAUUCGAUUAAGCUACGUCGUGACGAUUAUCAGUGUAACAUUGUUGUGCGUUUUAGCGGAAGAGCUAUACUCCGAUAAAUAUGACAACAUUGACGCCACAAGUAUCCUUCAAAACAAUAAAUUACUAGUUGAAUACUACAAUUGUUUUUUGGAAAAGGCGCUAUGUCCGACAGAAGAUGCGAAGUUCUUUCAAGGAAUCUUGAGCGAAGCUCUCCAAACCAAAUGUAAGAAAUGUACUCAAAAACAAAUGGGACUACUGCUUGCAAUGAAGAAUUGGUAUAUACAAAAUAAACCUGAACAAUGGGAAGCUUUAAUUGCAAAGUCUGUUGAGGAUAUGAAAAAAAAGAACUGGUAGUUGUAUUCAUAAUCAACAAGGAGGACACGGCAAGAAUAGAAAAUGUUAAUCAUUUAUAAAAUUACUGGAUCUAAAUAUUUAGAAAUACCUC